AUGAAAAAUGUAUGGAUGCGAUGUGGUGGUGAUACGUCACUUUUAAUCCAAAACCUGAAACAUCAAUGCGACCUCCCACCAUUGUUAUCGCACUUUUUCCUCAGCACAAUACUCAGUCAAACCAUGCUAACGAGAAAAACACAGAUUUUGUACCCCACUGUACGCAACUUCUACAACGCUGUUUUAGGGGUCAUAAGAAAAAAAUACUCGUUUGUUAACACCGAAGGAAAACCUGCAUCUAUUUCAUGGCCCCCUUACGAAGAACCCGCGGGUGCUUAUGAAGAUGGGUCCCCAGAAACCCAUUUGGGACGUCUUCUCAUUGGCUAUCUCGAGCAAUUGCAUUUUGUACGGUCAGGCUCGCUUCAAGAAACCGCAGGUCUCCGUCGGAAACCUCGUUCUUGCGCGUUCGAAUGUACUCUCCGUCUUUAUGUGAAACAAGGUAAAAUGCCGUUUAAUGUGGUAAUUGCCAUGGCGUUCGUUCGCGAGCCAAAGUUCUCUUCUCCUUUCAUUACCAGCGAAGAGCUUGCAGAUUACCUUGAAGAGUUGAUCACAACGGGAAAGAUCACACGCCCAUACAACGUUGUGUUCCAAGCCAAAUUCGACACAUUACGUUUAUGCUAUAUCAAUGGAUCCAUAAAUGACUUGGGGUUGGAUUUCUGA